AUGGUUAUCUUGAAGAUCCUUUUUUCCUUCUUCAUCUUUCCUGUCAUAUAUGCCUCAAAUGAUUGCCAAUUUUCUGUAUGUGGUAACGAUAAUAUCCUUAUUCGUUUCCCCUUUCAAAUCGAAGGUGAGCAACAUCCUUAUUGUGGCUAUCCUGGUUUCAACUUAAUUUGUACGAAUGACAGCAAAACAGUUCUAAAACUUCCUUACUCUGGAGAAUUCUAUGUACGCAACAUAACCUAUCUCACACAACAGAUACAAGUUUACGACCCUGAUGAUUGCCUUCCCAAACGUCUUCUGAGCCUCAAAUUUUCAGGUUCACCCUUCACUGCCACUUUCAGUCGUAACUACACCUUCUUAAGCUGCCCAUCUCGGAACGCAAGAUCACAAUUCAUUCCCAUUGAAUGCCUUAGUAAUUCCACAAAUUUUGUGUCAGCUAUUCCUACUGUGAACUUGGGCACUUCAUUGCCUGAGUCUUGCCAUGUUAUUACAACGCUUUCAGUUCCAGUUGCAAGGCCAGCGCAGUAUGAGGGAAAUCUCGUAGAUGACCUUAGUGAAGAUCUUCAAUUGACAUGGGAUAAACCCGACUGCCAAUAUUGCGAAUCACAGGAGCUAAUGUGUGAAUUUGCGAGCAGUAACAGUAAUCAAGUUCUCUGUUUCUCUCAUUAUCAAACAGGUAAUUCACAGCAUGGACUUGUAGUUUUUAGAAUCAUCGCAUUAUGCCUUGCUGGACCCGCUGCCGUCUUUGCUAUAGUGAUGGCAGGUUGCGUGUGCUACAAAGACAGAAUAGGGAAUAUUCACAACAAUGCUGCAUCUGCACGAGGUGCAAUAUCACCUACACCACUACCAGACAUUGUGAGUAGGGGUUUGGACGAGUGUACAAUAGAGUCAUAUGAGAAGGUUAUACUUGGAGAGAGUCGACGGUUGCCUGGACCCAACAAUGAAUGUUGUUGGAUAUGCUUGGCAGAAUACAACACCAAAGACACAAUAAGAUGCAUUCCUGAAUGCAAACAUUGCUUCCAUUCUCGCUGCAUUGAUGAGUGGCUUCGCAUCAACAACACAUGCCCAGUUUGCCGUAACUCUCCUUCCCCUUCUCCCCUUCAAAUUCCCGUGCAAUCGAGUAUACUCCUAGCACUAGCACUGAUGGCUAGAAGUCCCCACCCCGUUUUGCCUGAUUUGAAUGAAUCCACUGUGCCUGAUCAAAAUGAGCGCAGUCUUCCAUUUCGGCUCAUUUUGCCUGAUCUAAAUGAGCCCAGGGUUCCAUUCGAGCGCGCUUGGCCUGAUCUAAAUGACCCCGUUCUUUCUUUUCCAUAUAAACCCACUUCGCCUGUUCGUAAGGAACCUGCUUUGUCUUUGCCUUAUGUGAGUUUACUCCCUCCUCUCGAGGGUAUUAAUGACGAGAAUGAACAAGAAUCUGAAGAGAAUGAGGAGAAGGAGAAGGUGAAGGGGAAGGUAGCUCCAAACACUCAACAUGGAAGAAGAUGUGUUAUUCAGCAAAGAAGGCUGUUAAAAAGUUCGUCAAAGACACAUGGAACUAAUGUGUGA